CAGAUAAUCUCUAGCUUCUACGCCAAACUAUUUACGUUGCUAAGCUUCAUUCGCAAAGUGAAAAAGGAAAGCGACCAGCCACUCAUUCAAGAUGGCGACCCCGCGGAUUACAAGUUUCUUCUUAAAUCAACCCUCGUGGCCGUUCCUCGAGAUCUGUCGAAAGCCCCGCCAUUCAAGCCGAGCAACACACACUGGUUUACGUUGAAGGAGAUAACCAACCGUGUGAUCGAGCAUGUUUGCCGUUCAAACAAGAGCAAUGUUCUCGCCCUUGGCUUUGAGCCCCUCAGAGGGAACGGGAGAAGUGGAACAGUGGCUGGGACUAUUGGAAUACAGAACAGCUAUCCAAAUACGAUCGUCAGCUAUAUAAGAACAUCCAAAGCGUGGCUGCUGCUUCAUAAGCGCGUAGGAGAUGAUUUGAUGAUUCAUCUGCUGCAGAACGUAGCCAUGUUUGUAAAGGCCACUUCAAAGUGUUAUUUCCAGGUGGCAGGGUUUCCCAUA